UUUAAAACCACGUGAACUUUUUAAAUUACGUAAGAAAAAUUGUUUAAAAAUUAACACCUAAGUUUAAUCCCUAACCUAACUAAAUUAAGUAACCAAAGUUGUUUUAAUCAGUUAUCACUAUUUCUCAAAAGUUUUAUUUAUAAUUUCAAUAAAAUAUCAUUAAUUUGUAUUAUCUGUAGUGUUAUUUUAUCAACAUUUCUAUUAUUAGCAAUUAUUGCGUUAGAAUUAUUACCAAACAACAUGAUAAAAAGUUAGGUUACAAUAAAUUUGUCAUAAUACUAUAAAUUUCUAGUUAAAUUUUAAAAUUUAUCAAUUUACGUUUAAAUAAAAUCACUUUCACAUGUUAUUGACACAAAACAGGUUGAAAUUUUUGCAGGACCCAAAAUCUUCGCAAAAGAUUUAAAUAAACAAUAAAUUUGUUAACUUAAAAACGGUCUUAAAGUUGUUUUGUGCGUUACGAUUACGAUGAGUUUUAUGCCACAAAGGUUGGUUUUAUCUAAAACUUUAUUUAAUCAGGCUUUAAAGUUAAAUACAACUCGUUGUCUUAGUUAUAAAGUAAAUAGGAUUAAAAAUGAAUAUAAAGGAACCAAUUCCAAUUGGAAUUUUAGUUACAAAUCCGUAUUAAUCGCAUCUACGAUUGUUGGUUAUGUGGGUUAUGGCGUUUAUAAGAAAAAAAGGAAUGUUUACUUGGAAGAUUUGUCGUCAGCGGGAAAAUAUAAAGAAAAUCUUCCUAAAUACACGAUGGAAGAAGUAAAUAAACACGCUACAAAAGAAACUGGAAUUUGGGUCACUUACAAACAAGGAGUUUACGAUAUUACGAACUUUAUUAACGAACACCCAGGUGGUGAUCAAAUCUUAAUGGCUGCGGGAAGCUCAAUCGAACCGUUUUGGUUACUUUACGGCAUCCAUAAAACCCCACAAAUAUACAAAAUCCUCGAAGAAAUGCGCAUAGGGAACAUAUCCGAAGAUGAAACUCGUUUUGUUAUACAAGACAUGGACGAUCCAUAUUCAGGGGAACCUUUAAGGCACACGGUUUUAAAACCGGCAUCAGAAAAGCCUUAUAAUGCCGAGCCACCAUCAACUUUAUUAGUAGAGCACUUUUUAACACCAAAUGAAAUUUUUUAUGUACGAAAUCAUUUACCGGUACCUUACGUUGACCCAGAAACUUAUGAACUGGAAAUUGAGGUCGAUAAUGGGACCAAUAACAUUAAGAAAACUUUAAAAUUAGAAGAUUUAAAAAAAUUACCCAAACACACGAUAAACGCGACGAUUAUGUGCGCUGGAAAUCGUCGGAGUGAAAUGAAUCGGAUCAAAGAAGUGAAAGGGUUAAGUUGGGGGCAAGCUUCUGUAGGUAAUGCUCAAUGGGGUGGUGCUAGAUUAAGCGAUGUUUUAAAAUUAGUUGGAAUUACGGAUGAAUCCCAAGGAUAUCAACAUAUUCAAUUUGAAGGAUUAGAUGUAAACACUUCAAACGUACCCUACGGAGCUUCCAUUCCAUUUUUAAAGGGAACGGAUCGUCGAGGAGACGUUAUUUUAGCUUAUGAAAUGAACGGUCAAGUUUUACCGAGAGAUCAUGGUUUUCCGAUACGCGUCGUUGUACCGGGAACUGUAGGUGCGCGAAAUGUAAAGUGGUUAUCGAAAAUAAUCGUUACACAAAAUGAAAGUGAAUCGCAUUGGCAACAAUUUGAUUAUAAAGGUUUCUCUCCGAGCACCACUUACGAUAACAUCGAUUGGAAUAGUUCGCCGGCGAUUCAAGAACUUCCCGUUAUUUCUGCGAUUUGUAAACCGAUUGAAAAUGAAAUUGUUAAAGUUGAUGAUGAUGGGAUGAUCACGGUGAGGGGUUAUGCUUGGUCUGGGGGUGGAAAAAAAAUUGUUAGGGUUGAUGUAACGAUUGAUGGUGGUGAAAAUUGGUAUGUAGCAGGGUUUGAUCAUCAAGAAGAAGCUGUCCCACCACACCAUUGGGCAUGGACUUUAUGGACGGUUAAAGUGCCGGUUGAAAAUAAAUCAGGAAAUAUUGAGGUUUGGGCUAAAGCAGUGGAUUCUUCUUAUAAUACUCAACCGGAAUCGUUUAAAAAUAUAUGGAAUUUAAGGGGGGUACUUAAUAAUGCUUAUCAUAAAAUAAAAAUUCAGUUGAAAUAAUUUUUAAAAUACAAAACUUUUUUAUUGUUGUA